AUGACUGCAGCACCCCCCACUGUGCCGUCAGACCACAACGGAAACCCGCUCCCUCGAGCCCACGCAGGGCCCUCUCGGCAACCGCAAAGAGAAGACUCCUGGGCGCCUACCCGCUACCUCGAACCGCCCCAUCCCGACAAUGAAGAGGUGCUGGAGCAAGCAGCGUAUCAGGCAGCUGUGACUCGAGCCCCAGGAGACGACAGGAAGCGAAAGAUCAAGCCAAGAAGAACAGUGGAUUACCAGGGCGGUGUACAGAAAUGGCGCAUGCUCAACAAGCUGAAGGGCAUACACGAAUUUAGACCUUCUAUACACCCCAACGCUUCGGACAUUGUAAACCUGCUACCUCCAAUGGCUCUGCGGUCAAAUCCUUCGACUUCUGUAUGUGACUAUUGGGUCCACACUUCGAUCAACAAGGAGCGCUCUCCAACGCGUGUAGUCCAGUGGACACCGGACGCCCGACGUCUGCUCACUGGUAACGACAAAGGUCAAUUCACCCUCUGGAACGGCGCCUCCUUCAAUUAUGAAUCCAUCACUCAAGUCCAUGACGACUCCAUUCGAUCCUUCACCUACUCGCAUAACGGGCAAGCUCUAGUCUCCGCAGACAAAGGCGGGACGAUCAAAUACUUUACGCCCCACUUGACAAAUAUCCACGGGUUCCAAGGGCAUAGAGAAGCAUGUCACGAUGUCAGCUGGAGUCCCAACGAUGAGCGAUUUGUCUCAUGUGGAGAUGAUGGUUUGGUCAAGAUCUGGAGCUAUAGAGAAGCUAAAGAGGAAAAGACUUUGUCGGGACACGGUUGGGAUGUUCGAUGCGUCGACUGGCACCCUACGAAGGGGCUUAUCGCUUCCGGAUCUAAAGACAUGCUCGUCAAGUUCUGGGAUCCGCGAACAGGAAAAGAUCUCAGUACCUUACACUCUGCAAAAUCUACUAUCAACGCUUGUCGCUGGUCUCCCGAUGGCCAUCUUGUUGCAACAGGAGGCCAAGACAAUGUCAUUCGACUAUUCGACAUUCGGACUUUCCGUGAACUGGAGGUCUUGAAAGGUCAUCAGAAGGAAGUCAACACCAUUGAAUUCCACCCCAUCCACCAUUCUCUCAUUGUUUCUGGCGACGCUGCAGGGGCUAUCAACUAUUACUCGCUAGACUCACCUACCCCUAGCGAACCUAUCACAUCCCUCUCGUCCGCUCAUGAGGAUGCCGUCUUUUCGCUUUCUUGGCAUCCACUUGGACACAUCUUGUGUUCGGGAUCGAGAGACUUUACGGCGAGGUUCUGGUGUCGUGCCCGACCUUCUGGUGGACAGGAGGAUGAUAAGUGGCAUUUGGGUGAAGAUGGAGCUGCACAGAGAGAGCUCGAGAAGGUGCACAAACGAGCUUGGGGAGUGCCUGCCCGCAGCGAGAAGAAAGAGGAGGCCUCUUUGCCGGGUCUUUCAAACCUCAUGGCAGCUGUCGGCAACAACAAUUCUCACUCUUCUUCCCUCCCGGGUCUUUCAGCACCUCCCGGCCUUCCCGGUCUUGGUGGUCUCGGUGCCUCUAAUGGUGGUCCAUCGCGGACAUCCACACCCGGAAAUAUGAGUGACGCCGGCUUCCGGAGAGGCGCGCUGCCGAGCCAAGGAGAUAUGCUGAAGCAGAAUAAUGUGCCCGGCGGGAGGUUUGGUGAACGAGGGGCUGGGGCUCCCACAAGGUCAGUGUCGGAGAACAGGGACCGACCACCAUUCCGUGGUGCUCCUGGUAAUGCGCCCCCUGCGUCCGCGUCGGGUGGCUACCCGUCUGCGGGACAGGGAGGCGGAGGCUACGGUGGCUACCCACCACCUGGUGCUCCUCAGGGGGGGUUCUCCAAUCACCCGCCACCUAGUGGUGGUUCAGGGUAUGGCGGUCCACCUCAACAGGGACAGGCUGGGUACCCGCCUUAUGGUAGAGAUGGCAGAGACGGCAGGGAUGGCAGGGACAGACAAGGAUAUGGGGGUGGAGGUGCGGGUCAAUAUGGCAGUAGUGGCGGGGGAUAUGGGGGAGGCGGCGGUAGAGGAGGCUACAGCGGAGGAGGUGGCAAAGGGGGCUACAAUGGAGGGGGAAGCGGCGGAUAUGGCGGCCGCUACUAG